AUCGGUUGUUAUAAAAGUCGCAAGGACAUAACGACGAGACAUUAGUCGAAAUCUAUAAACGCAACGCGCGAAGUCGUCUACUCUCUUAACCAAAAUCAGAAAAUAAAAAUAAAUACUUGAAAUUUAAAUGAAAUAAAGAAAACAAAUAUUUUUAUUAAUAUUUUGAGAAAAUAAAGGAGAACAACGCUUGCGCCUUCAAAACAAAAAGCUCAAAGAGAUUUUUUCUAAAAAAAAAAAACAAGAAAACAAAAUAGUGAAUAAUAUUUUAUGAAAAAAAUAGAAACAAAAGGAAAGCAAAACCCAAGAAGAACUAUGAAAUAAAAUAACAAUAUCAAAGAAAACACAAAUAGAAAAGAACAUUUUGCUAUGGCAACAAAAGUGUAAACAGUGGACUAAAUAAUUUUUCAAAAAAAAUAAAGUUUUAAAAACAAAAGAACAAACAAAGUUUCAAACAAAAGCAUGAGAACUUUUGUCAAAUAAUUCACAAAGUUCCAAACCUUAAAACAAAACGGAAAUUUUAAAGCAUUCCUCGCAAGGAUUUGCAGUUUCACAGAAGAAAAUAUAAAAAUAAUUUUUUUUUUUUGAAAAAAAAGUUUAAAACAUUAAAAAAUGUUGACCACCGAUUCGUAUUUCAUCAAACUAUUGGUUCGCCAAUUCAAAGCCAAUGAUUUGCAACAUCUGCUCUUGGUCUUCAUCUCCAUAUUAUCGCUGAUCAGCUUCCUGCAAUGGGUUAUGAAUUUGUAUCGUGAAUUACGCAAAUUGCCUCCAGGACCUUGGGGUCUACCCGUCAUCGGUUAUCUGCUGUUUAUGGGCAGCGAAAAGCAUACGCGUUUCAUGGAAUUGGCCAAGACCUAUGGUUGUCUAUUCUCCACCCGCUUAGGCAAUCAAUUGACGGUGGUCAUGAGUGAUUACAAAAUGAUACGUGAAUGCUUCCGACGGGAAGAGUUUACGGGCAGACCGGAUACACCUUUCAUGCAGACAUUGAAUGGUUUCGGUAUUGUUAACAGUACCGGCAAAUUGUGGAAGGAUCAAAGACGUUUCCUGCAUGAAAAACUACGUCAAUUUGGAAUGACCUACAUGGGCAAUGGCAAGCAUGUCAUGGAGAAACGCAUAAUGAUUGAAGUCCAUGAAUAUAUCCAUAAUCUACGCAUUUCGGAUGGCCAACCCAUGGAUAUGGCUCCCGCCAUCUCGGUCGCUGUUAGCAAUGUCAUAUGCAGCAUACUGAUGUCGGUGCGUUUUAGCAUUGAUGAUCCCAAAUUUAGACGUUUCAAUUUCCUCAUCGAAGAGGGUAUGCGUUUGUUUGGCGAAAUUCACACCGUCGAUUAUAUACCCACUGUGCAGUAUUUCCCCAGCAUAUUGACAGCCAAAAAUAAGAUAGCAAAGAAUCGCGAAGAAAUGCAAAGAUUCUAUCAGGAUGUCAUUGAUGAGCAUAAGAAAUCGUAUGAUUGUGGAAAUAUUAGGGAUUUGGUGGAUUUCUAUUUGGCCGAAAUUGAGAAGGCCAAGCAGGAGGGUCGUGAUGAGGAAUUGUUUGAUGGCAAAAAUCAUGAGGAACAAAUUGUCCAGGUCAUCAUUGAUUUGUUCUCGGCGGGCAUGGAAACCAUUAAGACCACAUUGCUGUGGAUCAAUGUCUUUAUGCUGCGCAAUCCCGAAGCCAUGAAGCGUGUACAAGAUGAACUAGAUCAAGUGGUGGGUCGCCAUCGUUUGCCUUCCAUAGAGGAUUUGCAAUAUCUGCCCAUUACCGAGUCCACCAUCUUGGAGUCGAUGCGUCGUUCCAGCAUUGUACCUUUGGCCACCACCCAUUCGCCCACAAGAGACGUCGAAGUGAAUGGUUACAAAAUCCCUGCUGGUUCCCAUGUCAUUCCCCUUAUCAACAGUGUACACAUGGACCCCAAUCUAUGGGAGAAACCCGAAGAAUUUAAUCCACGUCGUUUCUUGGACUCCGAAGGCAAAGUAUACAAACCCGAAUACUUUAUACCCUUUGGUGUGGGUCGCCGCAUGUGUUUGGGUGAUGUUUUGGCGCGAAUGGAACUUUUCCUGUUCUUUGCUUCAUUUAUGCAUUCCUUCAAUAUAACACUGCCCGAAGGUCAACCCUUGCCUAGUCUAAAGGGUAAUGUGGGAGCCACCAUAACACCGGAGGCCUUUAAGGUAUGUCUGACGCCAAGGCCAUUGCAAUUGAACACCAAUGCCGUGGAACCCCAUCACAUGCGUAAUGUUGGCUCAAACUAAAUUGAGAGAGAGAGAGCGCGCGCGAAAGCAAUCUUGUAUUUCCCACAAAGCAACAGAGAAGAGAGCAGGGAAACAGAGUGAG